AUUCUACGUCGGUAAUUAUGGACUCUGACGGGUGGUUAUCGACGAAAAACAAAAAGAAGCUACAAAGACCUCAGCCGAGGUUAAAGAAAACCAGGUCAUCAACAUUAAAGCCACCAAAAUCAUCAUUACAGAUUACCCAUUCUCCUCCUCCAAAAGAGUUAUUUACUUCAACCAAACAGUCGUCCCUGAUUGACUUCUUCUCAGCUAAUUCAGAACCUCAAAUGGAAGUUGAAGUCAUAUUUGACCAUGAUAGUCAAACUCAGAAAUUAAAUGCAUCAACUAAAAGUAAUGAUUGUCUAGGAAGAUCAUCUUCACAAAGUGUAAAAGAGGACUUGCAAGAGGAUAGAAGAGAAAAUAGUAGGAACAAAAGUACAGACAGUAUACCAGUUGAUGAAGAGCAGGAGAAUCUGUACAACAACAUGACCGUCACGGUUGAUUCCAAGACAAAAGUUCAGAUUGAAGAUGAAAAGGAAUUUAGUCCCACUGGAAAGGAAAGUGAAAAUAGUGUUAGCCCAAAUUGUCACGAAAUGGUAACCAAUGUUGCUGACACCACUAUUAGAUUAGACAGCAAAGAUUUAAAUGCAAGGAGGCCAUUGAAAAGGAUAAAGUGCUAUGAAGAUACAAAUGUCGAUGCAGACAAUCCGUUAAAAAGAGCCAGAUUAGAUGUUUGUGUGAUGGGGAAUGAUGACAAAUUAAGCAAUACAAACUGUGAAAUAAGUGUAAACGUGGUAAAUAAUAGUAACAAAAGCAAUAGGGAAGUUCUGUCUAACAUGGAUCAUUCAGUAACAUAUGUAUCUAAUAACCAGAAAACCAUUGAUAUGGAACUUGAAAUGGGAAAUGGAUCAGACGCUAUUGAUAGUAACUUGCAAUUUUCAUGCUCUAACAGUCAAAGUUUAGAUCUUGGUAGUCCACUUGCACUGAACAGUCAAGAUGUGGAGCUAAGUACAUUAGAUGCAGCAGACCUAGAAAUUCCAAAUGACGUUUUAAGUAAUACAGUACAAAAUGAAGACAUUCAUGAAUGUAGUUUAACGUUUACGUGUGAAACUGAAAAUAUUGAUAACUUGACAAAGGACGGAGAAGAUAGCAACGUAAUUGUUGACAUGUUUACAUUAGCAGACUCUCAAAACAUCAUGUCAGUUAAGAAUUUUGAUAAAUCUGAUAAUACAAUAAAACCAGGCGGUGAUGAGAGCUUAAACACUGACUCAGUUACGUUAACAGACUCGCAAGACGAUACGUUAGUGUGUACAGGAGAUAACAUAACAUCUGAAGAUAGUCUUGAUUUAACAAAUGAGGGUCACCUCUUUGAUAUUGGAGCGAACUCAAAGAACACUGUUGAUUUACCUGAAUCAUCUAAAGAUGAUUCUCAGCUUACAUUUUCUUCGUCAUCACCGGAAUCUCUUUCUGAAUAUCAGUCUCUUGACUUUUCGUGACACAUUUAUGAAAUAAUUAUGUUAUAUUCACGUAUUGUUGUUGAUUUUUCUUUCCUAAAAUUCCUGAUAAAU